UUUCCCUCUUUCACUCACCCCCGGACGCUUGUUGUCGGUGGCUUCUCCAUUUGAGAGAAGCUCCCGAUUCUCUUUUCUCCUGUUUUGAGAGGGGUUCCUAUUUUUGUAGCUUCCUGUUUUUGUUCCCCUCGGUUUCUUGUUCCGGUGGAGGUGGUUAUUUCAUCUAGCUUGUGAGCUAUGAUGAGUUGAUGUUUCAUCUAGUCUUUGGGCUAUGGUGAGUUGUUUUUGUUUUUUCUUUGGCUCAGGCAGUUGGUUCUACGCGUCUGGUAUGGUUGGGAGAGUGGCUGGAUUUGUGUCGUCGGAGGAGUGUUGGUUUGGCCGGUUUAUUAUUGUUUUUUUGCAGAUGUUUGAUGCCAGAUCUACGCUUGCUCGGUGCUUUCUGCUUGACACGCGCCUUUUGGCCGGAAUGUCCGUCGCUGUCCGCUCCUGCUGCCGGUCGCACAGGUCACGCCGGUUGCCGGAGCUCGGAGCGUGGCCUGCACGCGCCAGAGGGGUUUCUGCCGUUCGGCGCGCGUGACGGCCACGUUUCGCCAUUUUCUGGUCUUGCACGGUGGGGAGGGGGCUUCCGGGGGUGUCUCUUCGGCUGGGUGGUACCGGGCCGGUGCGUGUUUUCACGCGCCGCCGGUAUUGGCGAAAUCCGCCUUCCUUCUGCCGGCUCUGGGAUAGGGAUUGGACAAUUUUUGUUCCAGCAACUCAGUGGUGUCAAUGGUGUUUCUAUCAAUUUUUGCUCAAGUUCUUCACUGGCAACGUGCAAGUUCUCCAAUGAUGUGAUUUAAACAAGAUCAAGAAGCCAAGAGAUAUAGUUGGGACAAACAAUUUUUUUGAUUGGUUUAGUUGCUACCAGUUUCCACAUUUUAGAGUAAUGCUGAUAGCUUGAUAUUUUUGGUGUAACUGAUAGAUUUAGUUGUUGUUGAUUAGUUUGGUUGUUUGCUGGUUUUGUCCAGUUGGUUGUUGGUUUUUGUUUCGGUUUUGAGCUAGAUUGCUCAUUAGUUUUGUUGGUUUGAACAAUUUUGUACAAUUGCUUUGAUGACCAUCAGAGGUUAUGGUGUUUGAAGCAUAGUAUUUAUUUGGAAGAAGCAAAUCUAGUAAAUUUUGAAAUUUUGAUG